AUGAAAUGGUUGUAUAUACUGUACAAUAAACGCAGAACUCUCACAGCGUUAGGAUAAACUGCAACAGAAUUCAGUAUUUCACAGAAACUUUGCAAAAUUACGCUUGGUCACACAUAAUGCAACCCAGGAAAUAAAAGCUAAGAAACAUUCAGAAAGCAAAGACAAAAGAAGACUUGGAGCACCAUGAAAACAGUUAUUGUGUUUGUCUUCGGUGUAUAUCUACUUUGUCCAGGAGAAAAUAAAGAAUGGCCUACACACACACUCUGCAAGACAAGGAACUUAGAAUCAUAUUACAAGAGUUGCGAUCCAUUUCAAGAUUUUGGACUCAGCAUCCUCCCUUGUGAAAAAUAUCUUGAUAAUGCUCUUGCUAUGAAAAUGGGCAUAAUUUUACGUCGGGAUGCAAAUAAAAUGAGAACAGUUCUGAAACUCUCCUACGAUGGAAAGUACCUAAUGGCUGUUGAAAAACUUAUUUGUGAUGAUGCAGAUACAAGAUAUUCAUUUUGCGGGAGAAAAAAGGGAGAAUAUCUUCAAAUUGAUCAGACUGUUACAUUUCAUUUAUUGAUCAUUCCCAAAGGUAACUACUUCUUGGAACUGGAGCUGUUUAAUGAAGAUGACUUCAAAUUGGCUUGCGCAAACAUUACAAUAAUUAGUUCCUAAACUGAUUAAAAUCUUGACAUUUGGCCAGGACUGAACACAUAUAGUGGCAUUCAACAUGCUUGUAGUGUGUCCCAAAAUAAUAAACAUUCACCCAACCUAUUUAACCCACAAUCAAUACCCUAUCUAGUCCAUGCUCUAAUUAACAUAAUUAUGGCUAUGCUAUAAAGGCAAAAAGUCCAGACCAAACCAGGUUUGUUUGGUGGAAACAGCAGAUAGUAUGGGAGAAACAACAGAAUGGGGCAAAAAUAAUAAUUUCUUCUUUAGUGAGGAAUUGUUAAUUCCAAUAAUUGUUUAUAUUAUGUUAACAGAUCCCUAUAUAUAGACACCUUAUUAUGUUUGUAAGGUGUGUAAAAUCAAAUCAAAUUCAGAAAUCCACAUCUCUAUAGCCGACAAAUGAGCACCCACCUCUUAGCUCCUUGUCAGUCAUUGUUAUGAACUCUGUCCUUUAGACCUAGCAUUCAGCAUAGAGGAAUGAUAAAGAGAAGAGAAAAAAUGAAAUAAUGAUUCUCUUUGUCCUCCUCAUCAUUCAGAUAGCCAGAGAGGUUUUCUUCCACUUCCGUUAGCUCCACAGAAGUAAUAGAUCGUCAAGUGCCCUGGGCUAGAGCAUGCCAACCUUUCUUCAUUCUCAAUAAGCUGUGCUACAGCUCAUUGAGAAGCACAGGAAAGCCACGACCAAGUGUGCAUGCACGCUUGUGACUCUAGCAAGAGAGUCUGUGCUAGGGAAAGA